GCUAAAACUGGACGUCAACGUUCGGACUGCCAGGCCAACAUGGAAGUGAAGGAGAUGCUCAAUCUGGCCCGGGUGCCAUCCAUUCUCAUGCUUGGCUUGAUUUAUGUGGCCUACGUGCUGAUUGGUGGCGUGAUUUUCUGGAAGCUGGAAGGAGAUCUUGGAAGGAAGGAUCUCUCCCAGUUGCUCCUCAACAAACAGAGGCUGCUAAUGACGUACAGCUGCCUGAACCAAGAAGGUCUGGAGGAAGUGGCUCAGGUUGUUCAAGUGGCAACAAAAGCUGGUCUGAGUUUGAAAGGCAACCAAACCACAGACGGCUUCUGGAAAUUCACCAGCUCGGCUGUGUUUGCUGCCACUGUGGUCACAACUAUAGGUUAUGGAAACAUGAGCCCCAGCACAACAGUUGGUCAGAUCUUUUGUGUCUUCUUUGCACUCUUUGGGAUUCCUCUCAACGUAGUCGUGCUCAACAGAGUGGGCAAGUACAUGCUCGCAUUGGAGAGAAAUGUCUCAGACUACCUGGAAGGCAAAUCUGGACGAAAGGGGUGCACCCGGUUUUUUGUCCACCUGUUUUGCUACAUCUGUGGCACCGUCCUGUUCUUCAUCAUGCCCAUGCUUGUGUUCCAGCAGCAAGAGGGCUGGACCUACUCUCAGGCCAUCUACUACUGCUUCAUCACCCUCAGCACCAUUGGUUUUGGGGAUUUCGUAGCAGAUAGUAAUCCAGACAAAGACUACCCUGACUGGUACAGCGUCCUCAUGGCCUCGUGGAUCUUUUUUGGCCUGGCCUGGCUCGCUCUGCUCAUCAACCACUCCAUUGACAUCCUGGAGCGGCUUAACGCCCUCCUCAAAAAAGGUUGCUGUGGUGAGAAGACUGAGGAUGAGUCUGAGAGCACAGACAACGACAACCCUGACACUCAAAUGGAGGAUGACGACGAGAUCAAGAAACCUCCAAUAACUCAGUAAUCCACAACAACAAGGUGAAGGUUUCAGUGAGUCAAUUACACGACCAUUAGCUCUGUAUUUAGGAUAUGGGAACUGGUGACAGGCCGUGAGUACAUGUGCUAUCAGGCUGUAAAUACUGUAAUUCUUCAUAAUCGCCACUUCAUUAGCAUGUGACUGAUCAAAGGUUGUAAAGUUGUGAUAAGUGGCCAGUGAGCCGAAUAAGAAAGCGACAUGUCUCAUUAUGUUCCACGGAGGAGAUACAGUUUGUGUUUGUAGUUUGCGUAGAACGUGUCACUUUUACAAAUUUCCAGAGAUGCAGCAAAUAGUCAUACAUGAAUCUGUGUAAAAAUAGUAACCAUGUUUCAUUUAGAAGUAAUCGUCUUAUUUUGUUAUUUCCUUAAAUACUUAAGGGAACCACUUUUACUGGUUUUAUCAGCAGGAAAAUAGCUACAUGAAUGCAGCGCCAGGCAGGACGAAGAAACUGCAGUCAGUAGCAGUUCUUGUACACAUUCUGUUGUGUAAAUACUGCAAUUAGUUAUUCCCUUCUUUGCUCUCACAGGGAUGAGAGAAGAGAUCUUCAAUAGAUUCUUCCUAUUCUUAAGAAAAGGAAGAAUCUAAUUCUAUUUUUUUAUAGUUUCCAUGAAUCCAAACAUUUUUUGUUUUUGUUUUUUCAC